AUGUCAGUGGGCAUACUGCAAACUUUAUUGGAGACUUUCAUUAUAUUUUUCUAUACAUUCAUUCUACUCACUAUAGCAGCAUCUCGAGAGAAAGUAUUCUGUAGUGCGUUCUAUAUUCUUUUUAUUUCCACAGAUAUGGUCGCAAAGGAAUGUUUUUAUCAUCAUAGCCAUCCAGUAUGGUGUAUCAAUUACCGCAGUUGCUUACAUAGCAAAAUCGAACGUAUUGUACACUCAAAGCGAAGACGGAACGUAUAA